UUUCUGUCGGGAUCGGAAUCAGGAAUUUAUACCAAAUACUGAAAUAGUCUGUCACUGCUUGCAUCGUUUCCAAAUUAAUCAAAGCUUUAAAGUUUUGAGAAAUGACACAUAAUAGGCGGGCGUGAUCUAUCACAAAGUUUAAAACAGCUGAUUAAUCAUCAUGGAUAAAAUGCCUGCAGAGAACAAAGAUGAGGACGAAUUGAGCAUUCCUCGAGCUGCCCUGAACAAAAUGAUUAAGGAACUUAUCCCAAACAUCCGAGUGGCAAAUGAUGCCAGGGAGCUCAUCCUUAAUUGCUGCACUGAAUUCAUUCACUUGGUUUCUUUUGAGGCAAAUGAAAUCUGCAACAAGCAAAGCAAGAAGACCAUAUCACCAGAACAUAUUAUUGCAGCACUCGAUCACCUUGGAUUUGGGAAUUACAAAGAGGAUGCUGAAGCAGUGUUAGAGGAGACAAAAGCAGUGGCUGCUAAAAAGAGAAGAGGGAGUUCCCGUCUGGAAAAUCUGGGAAUCCCUGAGGAGGAACUGCUCAGACAACAGCAGGAAUUGUUUGCCAAGGCUAAGCAAGAACAGGCUCUUCUGGAACAGCAACAAUGGCUUCAGACCCAGCAAGCUCUGCAACAGCAGCAACUUCAGCUGCCACAGCAACCAGAGAGCAAUGACGAUGAUUACUCCUAGCAGCAACAAAAAUGACUACUCUACUGAGUAGUGUUAGUGUUCUAGUAGCAACAAAAAUGACUACUCUAUCAAUACUGAGUAGUGUUAGUGGUGAUGUAAUAAUUGUUCACAUGUGGUUAUUGUAAUGUUUCACAAAAAUUAUUUUACAGAACAGAAAUAGAAGUUAAUUUCCAACAGAUAAUUUAUAUUUAGGAAGCAAUUCCUAACUGAAGUUUAUUGUUUUUUUGAUUAAAGCUCUGUUUAUUUCUAUUCACUGUCAGCUGUAUUUUCUCAGAAAUGGUUGUCUUUGUAUGAUUUCAGUUUUAUUUUCCUUGCAUGAAGAAUUUACCACUGUUGUAGAAUAUGAUUGUAUAGGCAUGGAAUAUCCAUUUUAUGAAAUAUUGUCUCUUAAAUUGGUUAAUAAAUGAAUUAUAAAAAUCCAA